AUGGUGCGCUACUCAUUUGACCCAGAAAACCCCACAAAAUCAUGCAAAUCCAGAGGGUCAAAUCUCGGGGUUCAUUUUAAGAACACCCCUGAGACUACCCAGGCCAUCAAGGGUAUGCAUAUCCGGAAAGCCACCAAGUAUCUUAAAGAUGUCACUUUGCAGAAGCAAUGUGUACCAUUCCAACGUUACAAUGGUGGCGUUGGUAGAUGUGCCCAGGCUAAACAGUGGUGUUGGACACAGGGUCGGUGGCCCAAAAAGAGUGCUGAAUUUUUGCUGCACAUGCUUAAAAAUGCAGAGAGCAAUGCUGAACUUAAGGGUUUAGAUGUGGAUUCUCUGGUCAUUGAGCAUAUCCAGGUCAACAAACUCCCAAGAUGCGCCACCCAACUCACAGAGCUCAUGGUAAAUUCACUGGGAAACCUGAAGCCUGGAAACAAACUUGACUACUUGCUUGGAGCUAAGCCUUCUACAGGCAAAAGUAGUCACAGACUUUCCUCCACACAGGAAACUAAACUGCUGGCAAAAUGUUCACAUUGGGCAUCUUCAGAUGAUCUCAAAAAGGAGAGGAAGAAAACUAUGAUGGCUCACCAGUCCUCUUCUUGGAUCUUCAUCAAUGAGAGGACAUUCAUUACCAGACAACAACUUAAUUCUUUAUUGAAGACCUAUAACAUUUUUUAUGGAAACCAAAAAAAUCUUCAUAUUUUAUAUGGUGAAACUGAAGAUGGCCAACUUAUUGUUGAAGGAAUGCUGGACAUAUUCUGGGGAGUAAAACGGCCUAUACAGCUGAAAAUACAAGAUGAGAAACAAAUCCCUUCUUUUACUACAAUGAAGUCACCAGAUAUUUUUUCCUGCAAAGGAAUGACACGCUGGGGAGAAUUUGAUGAUCUUUAUCAUAUUAGUGAUCUGGACAGGACCCAGAUUCCUGUGAUUGAAGCAAAGAAGUUUGGGGAAGAUUAUUUAUCUUAUCACAGCAGCACCUUGAAGUCUCAUGCAAAUGAAGAGCCAGAAUCCCCACUACUCUACAGAACUAUGAGUGAAGCAGCCUUGGUGAGAAAAAGGAUGAAGUCUCCAAUGAUGGAACGAAAAGAUAGACAGAACCAUAGGGCCUCUAUCAAUGGACACUUCUAUGACCAUGAGACAUCAAUUUUCACUCCAGCCUUUGAAUCAGAAACUAAAGUCAGAGUAAACAGUCACAUGAGCACUGAAGAAGUGAUAAAGCAACUUCUCCAAAAAUUCAAGAUUGAAAAUAGUCCCCAGGAUUUUGCUCUUUACAUUAUUUUUUCAACAGGAGAGCAGAGGAAGCUAAAGAAGACAGACAUUCCUCUCCUGCAGCGCCUCCUACAGGGACCUUCUGAAAAGCAUGCUCGCAUUUUCCUCAUGGAUAAAGAUGCUGAAGAAAUUAGCAGUGAUGUGGCUCAGUACAUUAACUUCCAUUUUUCUCUCUUGGACUCUAUUCUUCAAAGAUUAAAUGAAGAAGAGAAAAGAGAGAUUCAAAGAACAGUAACAAAAUUCAAUACAGAAAAGGCUAUUAUACUGAAAUGUCUUCAAAGUAAAUGGGUAGUAACAACAGAGACAACAGUUUAA